AUGAGGGAUAUUGUGGAAGAGGUAGCUCAUCUACUGGGGAAUAUACUAGUGUUGCACAAAGAUGAGUCGGAAGAAGAUGAUGGGACAUCAAAGAUGCAGUCAAAUUUGUCCUUAAUCGAAGUCAUCACCAAAUACCGCCAAGAAGAUACACAAGCGACAGAGCUUAAUUCCAUUUCUGAAUAUCUUUAUGGCGAAUUGUCCCAAAACUUUAUAAAUAUUGGCGAAACUGAGGACAACUUCGACAUAACAAACGCCAAAUCGUGGGAGGAGCUUUUUAGUAUCGAUUCCUUACCCACAGCACUGUAUUACACUAUCGCAAUACAAAUAAUACUCAACUUGACUUAUCUUUCAUUGGUAAACAAGCAGAAGCUUGCAAAAGUUCCAAAAAUCAAAAGCCUCAUCCAAAAAUUACUAGAUACGUGCACUGAUACAUUACUGCAAGAAGUGUUGAUAGACCUAUACUGCCAGAUACUCUCCGUGGACUCCACACCUUCUGAUAUACUGCAUGCAUACAACAAAGUGAGUGAGGGCUCUAGGGACUAUCUUCAAAUUCUUAAUACGAUUGAAAAUGGACUUUGCGAUCCUUAUUCACAGUCCUACCUUCAAUUUGAAAACACCUAUGAAUUGGUACCUUUUAAAACUGCAAGAGAUAAGUUUACGGUUCAACUUUGGGUAAUGAUCAAUAAUCUUACGUCUAGUCGAAUCCUAACCAUCAAUAGUAGCAUCUAUUUGGAGAUCAAACAGUCAACUUUAUGCAUAUCCAAUGAUGAAUUCAUAUUGGCACUCUUUCAAAACUUCGAGUUUGAAAGUAGCAAAAUUUAUCAGAUAUCUCUUAACGUUAAUGGGGAUCAUGUCUCAUUAUAUGUCGAUGGAAAUCACGUCGAGACUAUAUCUUUAAUCCAAGAUUCAAUCAAGGACGUGAAGCAACUGGAACUGGGGUCAAUGAUAUGCUCUUUCAGGCUGUAUAGACUAUGGGUUUGGUCCGAUCUUUUGUAUGAGACCAGUAUUAAACUCACCAGUGAAAUUGGAUUAUUUUGUCAUCGUAGAUUUUGCCAAAACGACAGUCCGGUAGGGUAUCCUGAUUUAUUCGGUGGAGAUAUUCUUCAAGAGGUCUAUAAAACCAUAGAAACACCAGGAGUUACUUACGGAAUUUGUGCACAGCAUGUGAAGCAAUUGACUUACGACAAUCUCUUAAUCUCAUUGGAUCCAAGGGAGUUUAUUCACACGAACAAAAGCAAUGACGGGCGCCUACUUGUUCGUGUUGGCAAUUCAAGUGAUGUAGAACUUGGCAAAUGUUACUAUUAUCAACAAUCCAAUAUUUUAGCGUCCCUCAUAUCACUGAAUGCACCUCAGAAACUGCUCUAUUUGAUUAAUCAGUGUGAAGAUCAAGAAAUGCUCUUUGGGCUACUUGAGAACUUAUUUAUCAUGUUAAAAUGUCCCGAUAUAAAGAUGGUUUUUGAAAAUGAAGUAGGUCAUAUCCUAUUGGGCUCUAUGUUGACUAAAAAAAUACUUCCAAAGCUUAAAACUACUCUUCCAAUUCAAUUUCUCAAUCUCUUUCUGGAUUAUUGCGGUUGGAAUACAGAUGAUCCGUCAUGGUCUAUAUUGCGCCAUGAGACAGCGUAUGACACUCUGGUGAUUAAUUUUGAAUUAUGGAUUUCAAGCACAAGAAAUGGUGAACAAACUGGUAGCAUAGAGAUAAUAAGAUUCCUAUUCUUUCAAAUUACAGAAUUAGUGAAGAACUCCAAAUUUGCGAGGUUCAACGCUAGAAAGUUGAAGUCUAUCGGUGUUCUCAAUAAAUUACUGUACCAUCAACACCUCAUAUUUACAAAAACUCCAAAUGAAAACUUCCUCACGGUUCUAAAAGGUGAGCUUUGCGAAGUUUACAAAAUACUUUUAAAUGAUGAAUUAACGCAAGAAGUGGCCACCUCAAUGUGCUAUUUUGCUUACUACGAACUCAGGCAAGGUUAUUAUAAGAGCUCCGAAAUCAUUCUACAGGUACUUAAUGCUGUCUUCUUUGAAGCAAUUGACUUUGAGCGUCUAGAGACAAUCAAUAUAUUAACGAGUUCAUUUUCGAUCAAGGCUAUUCUGACAAUGAUGGAUUAUAGUUAUGAUACAAUUUCAAUCUUAGAGCUGUUGCUACAGAUUCUUUUAAAACUAUUACAGGUAAAUUCUCAUGCAUACCAAAAGUUCAUCAAGAACAACGGGUACAGUCUUCUUUUUGAGAUCAUGAAAAAGCACAAGCUCAAAAAUUACACGACGCUAAUUAACAUAUUAAGGCUAUAUGCCAUAGGUGAAUUCAUCUCAAGCGAUGAGCUGCUCUCUGCUACAACAUUCAAUCGAGAAGGUCUUGCUGCUCAUGGAACUAUACUAAUGCUCGAGAAUCACUACCUCGCAAUAGAUUUAAUCGAAUGGGCGGUCAUAAAUGACAUCACCGAAUCAGUUCAAGAGGAAAUGAAUGAAUACUUGUACUAUUACAUGAAGUCAAUCUCUGAAAUACAGGAGCAUUCGCCAUUGUGCAACAUUCUAAAUCCAAAGGAAACCAAAUUUUUGGAAAAGAGCAUGGAUCUUUUGAUGACUUUAAAAAAAUCUCAAAACGGUGUGACGUAUAAAAAGGCAUCCGAAGCUUUGAUAUUUCUACUUUCAAACAACGUUUUCAAUUCUUUAACAUCCUUAAACACCACAGAAUUCGAAGGUUAUCUUGAGGCUCUUUUAAGAGGAAACUCCCAUGGUGACCGAUCCAAUGGAUCAUCCUCUUCUGACAGGGCUACGAACUAUUUGAAGCCUGCAUUUUGGAUAGGCAUAUUUCCUGAUAUUCUCGAGAGACUAGCAAAUUUUGCACCAACAUUUGAUUUAUUAUUUGGCCAAUAUAAGCAUAUGUUCUCAAAUAUUGUUUACAUGCUCUCAAAAUAUUCAGAAACCUUAGCACUGUUCGAAUGGGAUUUAAUAAGUUGCGUACUUGUGCAUAAGUGUGUCGUUUCGGCCGCAGAAGGAAUUUUGAGGUUACCACAUAUACCAAUUAAGUCUAGCACGAAGAACUCAUUAAUACAAACCGAAAUUUCAAUUCUGACUACCUUGUUUUUCCUGAUGAUGAAUGAAAAGUUCCCGAUAAAUUCGUCCAGUGCUAAUAUGUUUUUUGAAUCACUCUUAUUUCAUCAGGAAACGCUCUUUGGAUUUAAUAAACAGUUCACAUUUUUCGAUAAAGAGUUUAUUUCAUUUUUCCUCUCUCUCCUGGGAAGAUACAUCGAUGCAAGUGACCUUGGAUCAUGCCACUUGGCACUCAACUGCUUCCGAACAAUUGUUUUACAUUGUUCAGAGAGUCUCAUAGACAUCUCAUGCUCAAUUGAUCGGUGCCACAAAACUGAGGUAUUACAUUUUCUCGAAUCAACAAUGAGUUCUAACGAUGAGGAUAUUUAUGAGUCUUUUAAAACUGAAAAAAUAUCCGCCAUCUUUGACCGGCAUUCAUUAAGAUUUCAUAGGAAGUACAUCAAGCCAAGGCUACUAGAAUUAAGAGAUGGCGAUCUUUUGACAGCGUCUGAAACCAUGGGGAAACUUUUACAGUUGAAGCAUACUUGUUUGGAAAAGUGGUAUAACCAAAUUCAAAAGAUCCACAACAUAUUUCAUGUCGAUAGCAUCGCCAUGGAUUUGAAAAUACUAUCCAUUGAAGAAAGAAAACUUUCUUAUUUUAUGAAUGAUCUCGAAGACACUUUUGUCCUUUACGCGCAACAAAUGAAUAAGCUGGUAACGGACGUUAUGAGUAGGUCACGUUUCCAAGAUGACCUUGAUGUAGAACUCGCCUGGUCGUUGGAUUCUAUGGAAAACUCAAAUAGAAUGAAAAAACGUCUCGUGCCAAAAUAUAGAACCUAUGAUGUACUGGCUCAGGAAACUGACGAAGCAAAUCAAAUUGAGGACGAAAAUCUUGAAAAUUCACAGAGGCCACCAGCAGUGACUUCCGGACGGAGAUGUAGCAGUGUAAUGUCAUUCGAGUUGAUCAGUGAUCUUGAGGCAUUCGAUCUCAAUAUACUUGACGCCCAAGACAAGAAUCGGAAAAUUCUCAAAAUUUUGAAAGAAAAUGAUACCAUCAAACAAAUUUGGAACUGUAGUAGGGUAAUUGGAUUGAGCAUUAGCGAAGGAGUGCUCAUUAUGAGCGCAAAUUAUCUCUACUUCUUCAGUAACUACUUUUUCUCAUCCAGGAACAAAAAUAUAAUUGAGCUUCGAGAUGCUCCUAAAAAUGAACGCGACAAUACAAUUGGAUUGGUUUCAGGUACAAGCACACACGUUUUGUCGGAGGGCUUCAACCAUGAAAUUCAAUUUUGGGAACUCUCUAAUCUAGUAUUUGCCACGAAGAGGCCGUUUCUGUUACGUGAUUUGGCAAUCGAAUUUCUCUUCGAAAACGGUAAAAGCUGCUUUUUCACCUUCCACACUAAAGCUUUGAGAGAAGACGCGUAUCAGAAACUUGAAAAAAUCCCCAAAUCUACCGAAAUUGAUCCUGUUUUUCGUAAUGCUUUGAUCGAGAUAAAUGCGCGAAACUAUGAUAUUGGAAUUCGAAAUGGUCUUUCGCAAUUAACUUUUUCUUCUAAAGUAGCAAGCGUAUUUUCGAAUACCGUUGAUCUAACAAAAUCGUUUGACGCCCUCAAACGAUGGAAAAAUGGGGAGAUUUCAAAUUUUUAUUAUUUGAUGAUCGUCAAUACGCUUGCUGGAAGAACGUUCAAUGACUUAACACAAUAUCCAGUUUUUCCAUGGGUUAUUGCUGAUUAUACUAGCGAUGAGCUCAAUUUCAAUGAUCCCAAGACCUUCAGAGAUUUAUCUAAACCGAUGGGCGCCCAAUCCGAAAAGAGACGAAAGCAAUUUGUUGAAAGAUACGAAGCGCUAGCAUCUCUUAAUGAUCCAGGCGCUCCACCUUUUCAUUAUGGAACGCACUAUUCUUCUGCUAUGAUAGUUUCAUCCUUUUUAAUCCGCUUAGAACCGUUCGUUGAUUCCUAUCUGAUACUGCAGGAUGGAAAGUUUGGUCAUGCCGAUCGUCUAUUCAACAACAUAGAACGCACAUGGUGUUCCGCAGCCCACGAAAAUAGUACUGAUGUAAGGGAGCUUACCCCGGAGUUUUACUAUUUACCGGAUUUUUUGACAAAUAUAAACAAAUACGAUUUUGGAGCUUUGCAGAAUGGAGAAAGAGUUAACGACGUGAUUCUCCCACCGUGGGCGAAGGGUGAUGCAAAAAUUUUCAUAGACAAAAAUAGAGAGGCUUUAGAGAGUCCCUACGUUUCUAAAAAUCUCCACAAGUGGAUUGAUCUAAUAUUUGGUUAUAAGCAAAAGGGGAAAGAGGCGGAAGAAGCGGUCAAUGUGUUCAACAAGUUAAGCUAUCCCGGUGCUGUUAAUUUGGACAAGAUAAAUGAUGAGAACGAGAGACGUGCGGUCACUGGCAUAAUUCAUAACUUUGGCCAGACACCAUUACAGAUAUUUGACGGUCCUCAUCCUUCCAAAAUAGAUUUCUCGGGCCCAAAGUUGAAUGAAAAUGUUUGGAACCAUAUAUCUGAAAUCCCUAUCACCACAAGCAAUUGCCGAUUCUCUAAUACUUACGAAAAUGGGAUCUCACAUAUUUGUCAAGAGUACAGUGUCCAAGGUGUUCCCUCCUGGGAAGGCUAUCCCUUCUGGUAUCGGCCUUUACAUGGUAAGUUGCAGGGUAAAUCUGUGGAGAUAAGUAACUCCUGCUCCCUUUCUAUUGCGGGUCAAAUAUUUCAUAACAUACACUUUUGCCCGAUCACAGCUCUCUGCUUGUUUAAAAACAAUCAAAUUUUUACAGGCGAUGCCUCAGGCUUAUUGAAACUAUGGAAAUAUACAACUGGCAAGGUAGGAAUCGAGCUUGAAGAGGUCACCGCGUUCUAUGGCCAUCUCUAUGCAAUCAAACAGUUACAUGCGUCAUCUGAAUACAACACAUUGGUUAGUCUGGAUGCCGCUGGCAAAGUGUACUGUUGGGACAUUCUUAGAUCCGAAAUUCUUCGACAAAUUUCUAAAACCGCCAUGCAUUGUUAUCUGUCGAACUCCACGGGGAGUAUAGUCGCAAUUGACUCCAAAAACAAACUGUCGAUUUACGAUUUAAAUGGUUCUCUUUACGCUGACAAGCAGUUCACAACUGACAUAAGCACUGCCAGUCUUGUUGACUUCAUUGGCGUCGAUAGAUUUAAAAGAAACCACAUUUAUUGGAAAGAAAAGGAAAUAAUCACAGUUGGAUUUAGUUCCGGAGAGAUUCAAGUGUUAGAAUUAUGUCAAAAUGCGGUGAAAUCGUGGGACUUAAAGCCCCUCAAAAAGCUCAGCUCAGGUAAUACUUUUCCAAUUACUUGUAUUUAUGGAACGAUUAGAGUGCUAUCGCUUAUUAACGGCAGUGAGCCAUCUGUUGCAGUCGCGAAAUGCGAAAUAGUGUGUGGAAAUACCGAUGGUUCUAUCUAUGUUUGGAGAUGA